AUGGAAACCCAAUUAAAAAAACCAAAUUCCUUCGACUAUCUAAACACAAAAGCUUUUAUAGAAACUCAAAUAUUUCUUCUCUCUAAAGAAUUUGAACCUUCCUCUCGUUGGUUUUCCGCAAAGACAAGUAUUAUCGAGGAAAAAAUACCACCCAACGUUAUUAAUGAAGUUGUUCUCGCAGUGAAUAUUAGUGUUCGGAAACAGUGUUCAGAAACUUUUAAUCAACAGGCAGUUAAUCAUUUACUUGAGCAAAUAUUUUUACUGCAUGGAGAACGAGGACGUGAAGAAGUAGCUUCUCAAAUAAACAUAGAUAUUACAGAAACAACUUCUUUCGGUGUUUCUACAUGGAUCCUAUCUUUACCUGAAGAAUGGCCAGCACACAAUGAUCAUUCCCCGGAAAUAAUUGAACGACAUUCAAAACAUCGUCUCAAUCUGGUUAAUCUUCAUAAAAAAAUAAUGGAAACAAAACAAAAAUAUGAAUAUUUGAAGCACCUACGAGAACAAUUAAGUCCAUUAUAUAAUACACAUGCUAUUCAACAAAAUCUAGUUGAUCGAAAAGGAUCUGUGGCUACUGAACUAAAUAAAAUGCUCGUGUUAAUGCCUAAAUUGUUAAUGACAAUAGAGAAAAAUAAAAAUUUUCUUAUGCGAAAACGUCCCGAAAUUAGUUUUCCAUCGUUGGGAAGUUUAGAAGACGAGUCUAAAAAUGACACGACUAUUAUAGUGAAAGGGAUAAUUAAGGACUCUGGUAAGGGUUCUAUGUGA